AACGCAUACCGAAAAGAGAUAAUGUACGUCCGCGAUUACAACACGGACAAUUUACGGAAAAAAAUAAGUGCGUACAUAUCGGUCUUAAUUCCAUAUAUUAAAACUCAAAAGAUUGUACAAAUAAGGUAGAAAAUACUAUUUACAUAAGUAUAUUUUAUAAAAAAGACAGGUCAAUCAUACAAAAUUAGUGUUUUUAAUCUACUUUCACUUCAUUAAUAUUAUACAAAACACGUGGGUUUUUUCUACUUUCACUUCAACGAAAACCAUGGAUUUCAACCGAAUAACAAAGGCUAAACAAAAGAUUGGGAUCACGUACGAGUUAAAGCCAGAACAAAUAACUGCACUUCGUGCUUUUAUGGAGUCAAAGGACAUUGUGUGUCUUCUUCCAACAGGAUUUGGGAAAAGUAUCAUAUUUCAGCUGAUGCCCUUUCUUUCUGACGACCCUAUGGCGUGUGUCCUUGUAAUAUCUCCUCUGAACGCCAUCAUGAAGGACCAGGUCAGAAAACUCUGUGAAAACGGGAUUUCAGCCUGUUUUUUAGAUAUCACAGGGAGAGAUGGUUCAACAUACACGCUAAAACCUGCACUGGGGACAGAUAUUGAGGAUGACGAUGAGCAAGGUGACAAUGAUGAUGACACUGCUGAAGACGUUGGGAAUAUACAGACGAAAGUCUCAAUAGAUGAUGUGGCAGCGGGGAAAUACCAGCUCAUAUAUGCACAUCCUGAGGCUUUCCUUUCUUCAAGAGAAGGAAGGAAAAUUUUGCACAGCAAAAUUUUGCAUGAUCAUGUGUGUGGCAUCUGUAUAGAUGAGGCCCACAUGAUACAAGAAUGGGGUGAGGACUUUCGGAAGGAUUUUGCCCGAAUUCAAGAAUUGCUGGGCAUUUUCCCAAGGGUACCUGUGUCCCUUUUUACAGCCACUGCUUCCCAAUCAACUAAAGAGAACUUAGUUAAAAACCUUGGUUUAAGAGAUCCUUUGUUUAUUUCUAAAAACCCAGACAGACCAAACAUUAAGUAUUUUAAGUAUGACAGACUCCCGAGUGUAAGACAAGAGGACGAUCUGGACAAAAUUCUGGGAGACAUUGCGACUGGUCUACAAGAGGACAGGAGACAUUACCCUCUCACCUUCAUCUAUACUGAUCUGGAAUCAAUUAAGUAUGGAUAUAGGUUUUUGGAAAAAAUCAGCAAAUCCGAGCCAGUUAUUCGUGUAGUACUUGCCACUGUAGCCCUUGGCAUUGGUUUACAUGCUCCUGCUGUACGGAAGGUCAUACACUUUAAAUGUCCCACCAGCAUUGAAAAGUACUUACAAGAAACUGGCCGCGCAGGACGAGAUGGACUGCCAGCGGAUGCUAUUUUGUAUGUCAAUAAGACAGAUGUAAGGACCAACAGGCCUGGCAUGCAAAACUCAAUGCGCCAAUACUGCAUAAGUACAGAUACAUGUUUGCGUUUUCAACUACUACAGCAUUUGGACUACAAGCCAGUAGAGGGAACCAAAAAAUGUAAAUGUUGUAAUGUGUGUGAAAUUUUGUGCUGUUGCUCUGAUUGUGAACUGUAACAUGAUGCAAU